AUGGGUAACUCGUCGUCCAAAGACGCACGUGGUCAGCAAGACCAUCGAGCAAGUGGCAGCAGUAGUCCGACAAGGAGACAAGAUGCCGCUGUCCCCGCCCCAGAACCCUCUCCACGCAGCAAUGGACUCUCCUCGCGACAUCGAUCCGGCAGCCGUCCUGAUUUCUCUUUCCUCGGCAUUGGUGGGAACAACCAACAGGAUACUGUUUCGUUGGAGCAGCGUCGAGAGAACAAGGUUGAGCGAGAAGCACGAAAGGCCGAAAAGGAGCGGCAGGCUAGGAUCAAGGAAAGAGAAAGGAGCAUGAAAGAGGAGCACGUUGAUGGUGGCUUCCUGGUCACCCAAGGUGUUUACGUUGGUACUGAGGACUUCAACAAAGGGAUCGUUCGGCAAUUGAUGAUCGAGCGCAGAGUGGCACCUUUCUGGAGAGGACUGAAUGAUGUGUCCGAGUCAUGGGCCGAACACCAAAUCAUGGCCGCAGCUCGAGGGAUGCCAAUCCCACCCGCCGACCAAGUCCCUCCAGAACUCGAGUACAGGCUGGCCAGAAAAGCGACCGAUCCCAAGGAUAAGUCGCUCAAGAAUCUGACUCUGCCGAUCACUGGACGAUCGCAGUCAUCUCAGUCUGACAACGUUGCCCUGUCCCUACCAAAUCAAUCGCUACCACUGCCAUCGCCUCUUUCGCCUCAUCCGUCCUCGUCACCAACCUCUCCCUUGUUCAGAGCGAGAGCUAAAACGCUCGCAUCGCUGACCACAUCAUCAAGGAACACCAGUCAAGCCGACAUGACCCCUCGAGCGUUCCAACUGCCGGUCGACCCUUUCGUCAAUGGCCAGCCAAUUGAAGUCUACUUGUAUAAGGAUGCAUCAGAGUGCCCGAUUUGCUUUCUGUACUAUCCACCGUAUCUGAACACAACAAGGUGCUGCGAGCAGCCAAUCUGCUCUGAGUGCUUUGUCCAGAUCAAGAGACCUGAUCCGCACCCUCCGGAGCAUGAGCAGCCGGACCCAAACGCGCCGCCCGUACCGGAGGAGGAACGACAGGCUCAGGAAGAAGGUCUUCUGGUCUCAGAGAUCGCCACCUGUCCGUACUGCAAACAGCCGGAAUUUGGCAUCACCUAUACGCCUCCGCCAUUUCGACGAGGCCUAACAUAUGGCUCAGGCUCCCAUCCAUAUCAAGCCAUGUCUGCAAUGUCUUCACAAACGUCAGUGUCUUCUGCUGGCAUGUCAACCGGGCGGCGGAGAGGCACUUCUCUCUCCGCAAAUGCGCCCGAGGUCAUAACUACGGACAAAGUCCGUCCUGACUGGGCCACGAAGCUAGCUACUGCCCGUGCUCACGCUGCUCGCAGAUCAGCUGCUGCCACAGCCUUGCAUACUGCAGCGUAUAUGAUGAACAGCAGCCAGGCUGACCCACGGGCUUUCGGACCAUUCGGUCGACGUGGUGUACUGCGAAGACCUGCAGGUGACGGCAUGGACAGCCCGUCUGGCCCAAUGAGUGCACUGGCUCUUCUGGCCGAACGACAAGCCGCUCGGCAGGAGCAAGAAGCUCAAGGGCGCGCCAGUCCAUUCUUGCCUCCGCCUCGCCAAAGCAGCACGCGACGCAACAGGAUGGACGACCUCGAAGACAUGAUGCUAAUGGAAGCGAUCCGCCUAAGCUUAGCCUCCGAGGAAGAACGGCGGAAGAAGGAAGAAAAGGAUGCCAAGAAAGAGGCGAAAAAGAAAGCCAAGGAGCAGAAAAAGGAAGAGAAAGCAGCCCGCCGCAACACUCUGUUCGCCCCUUACUCCAACGAUAGCGGAAGCAGCAUGAUGGAGCGCUCCCGAAGCAAUUCUUUCUCUCUGGCUGACGAAGAAGAUCAGACAGUGGGGAAGGGAAAAGGUAUCGACAGGAGGACUUCGCCAGCAGACGAUAUGGGAUUGGACGGGCAGUCUUCGCGGAUGCCCUUUCUGGAUGUCUCCCUGUCUGGCACAAGUCAGGAAUCGCUUGCGCCCAGUCUGCCUAUACCCACGCCCGCCGAGCCAUUUAAGAGAUCUCAUUUGCGGCAGAUGUCUAACGCUUCAUCGACCACAUCGUCAAUUGUGGAAACCGGCCCAUCGACAUCUGUGCCUACAGGAUCCACGCCUCCAGGAACCGAGCCAAUGUUCAAUUUUCAGAGCUUAGCGGCUAUGAUUGGGGAAGAGGACAAGGCCGAUGAAUCUUCGCAUAUUGAGAAUGCCAGUCUUGAUGGUACAGGUGGUACUAAGGCAGGUCACUCCCCAGGACUGAAGACUAUUCCAAGCGCGGCCGGCGUGCUACCAGAUUUGACGGCUCGGGAAAAGGUUUUGCUGGGAGACCAGGAGGACACCAGGAUCAAUGGUGAGGCGUCUACACCCUGA